UUCUUGAUGAUUUCUUCUCCUAUAAAUACCCUUUCAAGCCUCAUACUUAUACAUCAAGUAAUCAAACAUUAAUUCAUCUCUUUAAUCUUUUGUAUUCACUCACAUUCUAUUUAUUCAAUACUUAAACCAAGAAAAUAAGAUGGAGAACUUCCCAAUUAUCAACUUAGAAAAGCUCAAUGGAGCUGAGAGAGCCAACACCAUGGGAAUGAUUAAAGAUGCAUGUGAGAACUGGGGCUUCUUUGAGUUGGUGAACCAUGGGAUUCCACAUGAAGUAAUGGACACAGUUGAAAAAUUGACAAAGGGACAUUACAAGAAGUGCAUGGAACAAAGGUUCAAGGAAUUGGUGGCCAGCAAAGGACUUGAAGCUGUGCAAGCUGAGGUUACUGAUUUGGAUUGGGAAAGCACUUUCUUCUUGCGCCAUCUUCCUGUUUCAAACAUCUCUGAUGUACCCGAUCUUGAUGAUGAAUACAGAGAGGUCAUGAGAGAUUUUGCAAAAAGAUUGGAGAAGUUGGCUGAGGAGUUACUGGACUUGCUCUGUGAAAAUCUUGGGCUUGAAAAGGGUUACUUGAAAAAGGCCUUUUAUGGGACAAAAGGUCCCAACUUUGGAUCUAAGGUGAGCAAUUAUCCGCCAUGCCCCAAACCCGAUUUGAUUAAGGGACUCCGUGCUCACACAGAUGCCGGUGGCAUAGUACUUCUCUUCCAAGAUGACAAAGUGAGUGGCCUUCAACUCCUCAAAGACGACCAAUGGAUUGAUGUUCCUCCUAUGCGCCACUCCAUUGUGGUCAACCUUGGCGACCAAAUUGAGGUGAUCACAAACGGAAAGUACAAGAGUGUGAUGCACAGAGUGAUUGCUCAAACAGACGGGACUAGGAUGUCACUAGCCUCAUUUUACAAUCCAGGAAGCGAUGCAGUAAUCUAUCCCGCGCCAACUUUGGUUGAGAAAGCUGCAGAGGAAAGCAAACAAGUUUACCCAAAGUUCUUGUUUGAUGAUUACAUGAAGUUAUAUGCUGGACUCAAGUUUCAGGCCAAAGAGCCAAGGUUCGAAGCCAUGAAGGCCAUGGAAGCUGAACUGAAAGUUGAUCCAAUUGCAAGUGCUUAAAUUCCAAGUGUGAUCAAGUGAAAAGAUUGGAGUUCAAAAAUAAAAUGAUUCAUUUUACUAGUUUACAAAUAGCUAUAUAUACAUAUGUAUACACAUUAUUUCCUUUUUUUCUGCACGGUAGAAUCAAGAUAUUCAUAAAUACUGUGCUUUGCUACAUGUAUAGGAGUAACGGUUGCAUCUCAAAAUAAAUUGCCAAAUAAAAGUUGCCUUUUAGGGCAAGCUUAUAUA